AUGAAACUAGAAGAAGACCACCACCCUUCAAAAGUACGACUGUUCGGCGUCAGCCUUGGCAGUAGUUUGAAUGAUCCUUGCAGAGGACACAAACCCUCUACCGAUCUGUAUAUGUGGGAUCCAACCUGGGACUACAGCUCAAUUUGGAAAAUCAAGAAGAGGCUAGCGGCGAGUGACCUCGGAGAGCUGAGCAGGCUAUUGAUGCCAAAAGAAGCAGUGCGAAAACACGUUAUGUCUUACUUGGACGACAAGUUAGCCAAGAUGGUCGACAGUAAAGAGGGCUUACCAGUUACAGUUGUGGAUCUGGAUACGUGCAACCUGCAUGAGUUAACUUUUAAGCAUUGGAACUCUGGUGAUUUUUACGUUCUGAAUGGAGGUUGGAGACCGAAGUUUGUGGUUCGGAGAGGCUUGAAGGAAAAUGACGAAAUCGGUCUUUACCUUGACUGGGACUGGAAAACUGCCAAUUACAUCUUCAAGUUUUCUGUUUUGCAAAGAGCAAAGUAG